AUGGCGGUCUAUCCCGAGAGCUGCGUGGACGCCACCGUGCUGGACUUCGUCGCAGACCUGUCCCUCGCCUCCCCCGGGCACCCUCUCCUCUGUGACUUCGCGCCCGAAGUCCACUUUGGGAACCGAGGCCUUGUGCUCCAGGAGGGAAGACCCAGGAGUCUGGCGCGCUUUGAGGAGGAGGAUCCAGAAGAAGAGGAGGGUGAAGUAGACGAGGAGGAGGAGGAGGAGGAAGAGGAGCACGCAAGAGGCACCUCCCUGCUGGGUCGUCCCAAGAGGAAACGAGUGAUCACCUAUGCCCAGCGCCAGGCAGCCAACAUCCGCGAGAGGAAACGAAUGUUCAACCUCAACGAGGCUUUCGACCAGCUGCGGAGGAAGGUGCCCACUUUUGCGUACGAGAAAAGACUGUCCCGGAUCGAGACGCUACGCCUGGCCAUUGUCUACAUUUCCUUCAUGACUGAGCUCUUGGACAGCUGCAAGAAAAAGGAAACCUGCUGA